CAACCUCAGCACAGGAACAAAAGAAAAUAUAAUCAAGAAGCAGUUGCAUUUAUUACUUACUGAUGAUGAAGGGGCAGAAGAAAAGCUUAAGAGUUACGGCUGGGAAAGCACUGGCAUUUCUAUCCAAGACAGAACUACUAUCCACAACAGGAACUAUGUCCAUGUUUAUAAUGAGCAAAUAGAGUAACAUCAUUGAUCACAUCACCGAAUUGCUUGAUUCUAAGAAUAAGAUCAUAUACAGAACAAUAGCAGCAAGCAUGUUGGAGAAUUUGUGUACUCAGUUACUCACCAUACAAUGGACAAGGAAAAUGUGAAGAACACCUUAUUGCGAAAGAUCCUUGCAGAAAUAAUGACCAGCAAAAGAGAACCCCCAAAUAAAGCAUCUCAAAGCAAUAUGUCUGCACCAGGAGACAACACAAAAAGCCAGGAAAAUCCUGCAACAGGUGAUGAAGAGAACCAACUCUCAAUAGAUAGCAGCCAGAUCAAGUCACCUGGUCGAGCCAAUGAGGAGCAAACUGCUAGGUCAGGGUUGCAGGAGGCACUCCUAUCCCUUACUUCGGUGAUAUGUGACAAACUGAUAAUCAGUGCAGAUGACUUUGAUGAUGCAGCUCGAAAGAUUGCCCCAGGGGAGGGUGAAUUUGUGAGAAAACUCAAGGAUAUAGUAGAUACAAAUUGCCGGCCACACCAGACUGUUUAAGAAUUGUCAAGCUUUGUGGCCAGAUUGCUGUAUGAAUGAUGCGGCGUGGCCAGUACACCACACACUUCAAGGAUCAGAAAUUUACAGAGUCACUCUCCAAGGCUUCAGAGAUUAUGUCUAACCUUGAAAGCUGUAUGCUCUUUGCAGGGACUGAUUGCGGCGUAAAAAAUAAGGCCAGGCCUCUUCUUUGGGACAUCGCGAAAGAAGCACUCGAGUUGGUUGGUCAGAACGUGUAACCGUGAUUUCUACCCUUGUGCUAUGUGGCACUAUUUCUCGCUUUCAUUACAAAACACUAUAGUGUAUUAAUGGAUUUGAAUCGAUUUUAUGGAACUUGUAAUGCUACCCU